ACAAACUCUUUAUCAACUAUUAAAUAAUCACAAUACUGGUGGUUCUUCUGGUAGUAAUUUUGGUGAUAGUUCUUCUAGUGGUGAUGAUUCUGGUGUUAAUUUUGGUAGUGGUUCUUUUGGUGGUAAUUUUAGUGGUGGUUCUUUUGAUGGUAGAAAUGGUUCCAAUAGUAGUUUUUUUGGUAGAGAUAGUUCCAAUAGUGAUGGUUCCAAUAAUGAUAGUUCCAAUGAUAAUUCCAAUGAUGAUAAAAUCAUAAAAAAUGUACAAUUUAAUGCAUUAAUUAAUAUAAUUGAAGAUAAACUAAAACUCGAGAAUGAAUAUUUAAUUCCAGGAUAUAAGCUGCGACUUAAAGCUGUCUAA